CGCGCGCGGGCCAAGCGGACUGGGCGCGCGCCGAACGCAGGCGGCUCGCGGGGUCUGACCGGGCGGCUUCCAGAGCCCCCACGGGAGGGCGGAGGAGCAGGUGCCGCGAUGGCCGAGGGCAGCGCCGUGUCCGACCCUCAGCACGCCACGCGCCUGCUGCGCGCGCUGAGCUCAUUCCGGGAGGAGUCCCGCUUCUGCGACGCGCACCUGGUCCUCGACGGGGAGGAGAUCCCGGUGCAGAAGAACAUCCUGGCGGCCGCCAGCCCGUACAUCAGGACAAAGUUAAACUAUAAUCCUCCAAAAGAUGAUGGAUCAACCUAUAAGAUUGAACUUGAAGGGAUAUCGGUAAUGGUUAUGAGAGAGAUCCUGGAUUACAUCUUCAGUGGGCAGAUCCGGCUGAGCGAGGACACCAUCCAGGACGUGGUGCAGGCGGCCGACCUGCUGCUGCUGACGGACCUCAAGGCGCUGUGCUGCGCAUUCCUGGAGGGCUGCAUCGCCGCCGAGAACUGCAUCGGCAUCCGGGACUUCGCGCUGCACUACUGCCUGCACCACGUGCACUACCUGGCCACCGAGUACCUGGAGACCCACUUCCGGGACGUCAGCGGCUCCGAGGAGUUCCUCGAGCUGAGCCCCCAGAAGCUCAAGGAGGUGAUCUCCCUCGAGAAGCUGAACGUCGGCAACGAGAGAUACGUGUUCGAGGCCGUCAUCCGCUGGAUCGCACACGACACAGAGUUAAGAAAGGUCCACAUGAAGGAUGUCAUGUCAGCGCUGUGGGUUUCAGGGUUGGACUCGAGCUACUUACGGGAGCAGAUGCUCAACGAGCCCUUGGUCCGCGAGAUCGUCAAGGAAUGCAGCAACAUCCCCCUCAGCCAGCCGCAGCAGGGGGAGGCCAUGCUGGCCAGCUUCAAGCCCCGCGGCUACUCGGAGUGCAUCGUGACCGUGGGUGGAGAGGAGAGAGUUUCGCGGAAGCCAACGGCAGCGAUGCGAUGUAUGUGCCCCCUUUACGACCCCAACCGGCAGCUGUGGAUCGAACUGGCCCCUCUGAGCAUGCCGAGAAUCAACCACGGGGUCCUGUCAGCAGAAGGGUUUUUGUUUGUAUUUGGGGGCCAAGAUGAAAACAAGCAGACCCUGAGCUCAGGAGAAAAGUACGACCCAGAUGCAAAUACAUGGACCGCACUGCCACCGAUGAACGAGGCAAGACAUAAUUUUGGAAUUGUGGAGAUAGAUGGCAUGCUGUAUGUUUUAGGAGGAGAAGAUGGUGAAAAAGAGCUAAUUUCAAUGGAAUGUUAUGAUAUUUAUUCUAAAACCUGGACAAAGCAACCUGAUUUGACCAUGGUUAGAAAGAUUGGCUGCUAUGCAGCUAUGAAAAAGAAAAUCUAUGCCAUGGGUGGAGGGUCCUAUGGGAAACUCUUCGAGUCUGUGGAAUGCUAUGACCCCCGGACCCAGCAGUGGACCGCCAUCUGUCCCCUGAAAGAGAGAAGGUUUGGAGCAGUGGCCUGUGGAGUCGCCAUGGAACUGUAUGUAUUUGGGGGAGUCAGAAGUCGCGAGGACAUCCAGGGGGGCGAGAUGGUAACUUGCAAGUCGGAGUUCUACCACGAUGAGUUUAAAAGGUGGAUCUAUCUUAAUGACCAGAAUUUAUGCAUCCCGGCCAGUUCCUCUUUCGUGUAUGGAGCCGUCCCCAUAGGUGCCAGUAUCUACGUCAUCGGAGAUCUCGAUACGGGCACCAACUACGACUACGUGCGCGAGUUCAAAAGGAGCACGGGAACCUGGCACCACACCAAGCCCCUGCUGCCCUCCGACCUGCGCCGCACGGGGUGCGCAGCCCUGCGCAUCGCCAACUGCAAGCUGUUCCGCCUGCAGCUGCAGCAGGGCCUCUUCCGCAUCCGCGUGCACUCGCCGUGACGCGUGGCCGCGGGACGCGCCGCUCCUGACCUCGCGCUGGACGCCGCGCUCCGCGAGGGGAUAGACGGCGGGGCCCCUCGCCCCGCGCCGGCCUCCGUGCGGUAACGCGGGUGGUUUUCUAACGCUUCGAAGCCUGGGCUUCAGCUCUAGUUCCGGAGAACACGUAAACUGAAAAAAAAAAACUACCAAGGUGGGGAAUCCGUUUCUCCUGUAGGUGUGUCCCUAGACCAACCGGAGCUAGGCAGUGUCCGAGGAAAAGGGAAGUGGGAAUCGUGUAAAAUAUGGAAGUUAAAAUCCUAAGGUGCAUUUUCCCGGAGGGGAUCUCAUGUGUGACUAACCGCUGUCUUCAAGUACCUGGCUUUGGUUGGGGAAAAAAAAAAAAAUCCGUAUAUGCAAAUCAACAUAUCCAAACAUACCAGGAUUGCUUUUCCACUGCACUUGGAAGGAGAUAUUAUGCCUAACUCUGCCCAACCAUUUAAGGGUUUGUGCCUAAAAAUGUUAGUUUGGACUCAAUGCCAGUUAGUCUCCACUUAACUACUAGUUCUCUACCCUAAGAAUCUUUUUUGAACUAAAUUAUGAUGAAUCGAAACUAAGAUAAAAUUUCUCUUGUAUGACAUUCUAUCUUAGUAAUCUAAAGGGUCAGUAAAUUAAGGAGUCAGGUGGCAGCCCUCCUGUGACUUUAAAGGAAGUUGUAGCUUCUGUGUUAAUUCAGAUGAAGAUGCGUCAUGCUGUCAUAUCUGGGGUUGAGAAGGACCUCCUGCAGUGCCAUUCUUCCUUUCCAACUAAGCAGAACCGUUUUAUAAAUCUGAGGACAUUAGUGAGUAGGAGAUUUUAUAAAAGAAGGACCCGAGUCGGACAAAUAAUAAAGGUCUGCUAUGACCAAAAAAAAAAAAAAAAGGUCCAGAGAAAAUAUAUAGGGAUCAAAAACUUAAAAAAAAAAAAAAAAAAAUCUGCCUGAAAGCACACAAAGUCUUGUUUACUACUGUCUAGGGUUUGAAAAUGUCUUAGAACGCGAAUUCAUGUUAAGAAUCUAGCCUUUGUAGCAGAAUUUUCUCAAUGCUGUUCACUAGUACGAGUUUCUGACAAAUUACAUAGCAAGUAAAGUUUGGCUGGUAGAAUAAACUACCUCAACUUAAUUUCAUUCUGUUCAUAGUAGAGCAAAUUAAUCCUUUCCUCUCUCAUCUCCAUGUCAACCCACAUUGACCCCUCUUCCCAUGGGGGAAAAAAGUCUGUCUUUAGUGGCACUUAACCUUGUAAGAUACUUUGUUUUCCAUUUGGAUUAUGCCACUUUCAUGUGAAACCAGGGACUUCAAAGUGCUUGAUGACUUUAUCAUUUGAAAUUUAUGCAAUAUCAGAUUUCUAAUCAAUAUAGAGGUCUUUAUUUCUAAUUGUUUUCUACAGCUUUUUUUCCCCUCCCUCUUAGUAUAUGGCUAUAAGAAGCAGCAUUUAGUCUUAAAUAUUAACAAAUGUAUAAAUGUAUCCUUUGGUUAUAAAUUUGAGAAUAGGAAUUUCUUCUGGAAACUUCCUGCCUAGAAUGUUCAUAUGCUUUUCACAUGCAUAUGAAACAUCACUUGUGUUCUUCCACGCAGGGACAGUAGAAGGGGGACCUAUGUGCAUUUUUUUUUUCUUCUACUUGUUAGAAGUCAAUCCAAUGCUAGAAAAGGUCGCUGAGCAGCCUUGCCUGUGGGGAUUCUGAAGACUGCUAUGUGUGCACAUUCGCUCUCCAUCCUGGCAGAAGACAUGGGUCACAGAGGCACGGGGUUUUUAAUCUUCUCUGUCAGAGGCACUAGGCCAUUCACCUAGCAGAUCUUACCUGUACGUCGAAGCCAGCCUCUUUGCUUUGUACCGUGUACCACUCAACUGUUGUCUGCACGCUUUCCCCAGGAUGUCUUGGAUGUCUUUUAAUCAAGGCAAACUACAUGGCCACUGCAAAGAAAGAAAACUUUCUUUGUAAAACUAGAUGUUAAUUUUAUGGGAAAUAAACUGCCGAAAGAGUGGGUUUUCUUUGGUAAAAUGCCCCAUACAGAACAGAACCCAGAAGCCACCACUGAGGUACAUUAAAGUGGUAACCGAUGUCCUGUUAAAGCCGUGACAGUCAGCAAUUCUCUUUUCUUUAAUUUCUGAAGUUUAAAGUUAUUUCCAGGCUACGCCAGGCCUCUCCAAGGAGACAGUUCAUUGUUCAGGAGUGAAUGAAUCCCUAUUGCAAUACUAUCAGUGCCUGCAUGACUUGGUCAAUUCAUUUUAUAAAAGUUUUUUUAUUAUUAUUAUUUAGUUCAUUGACACUGUAGCUGCAGAAGUUAGGUAAUGUUUUCUAAAAGUAAAUUUGCCACAUAAUAUGGGAUGCAAUAACCAACAAAAGCUGCUAAGUGCCAAACUGUUAUUUUGUUAUAUAUAAAUAUAAAAAUAUUACAUUGAAGUGUCGGGAUGUAUUUAAUUUUAUUAUGUUCCAAAAUUAAUCAUGAUUUUCUUGUAAAUCACAGUUAUGUUAGUAUUGUGAAGUAAAUUUGAACUCAUUUCAUGCAGGUUUGUGUUUUAACCAUCCACUUACGCCUUGAAACAUCCUUUCUUGGUAAAUUUUUGAUACUUCUUUUAACAGAAGGCACUUUUACCAGAUACAUGCUGAAAUUAGUGGCUAAAGGUCUUAAAAUUUUAAAUACAAUAUCUUGGGGGGAAGUGCAAUUUAUUUUCAUUAUCCAGGUUGUCUCAGGUUAGAGUAAGUGAAUAUUGAAAGGAUUUCUUCUAGGCUACAGUCUAAAGUAGGUUUGUUUGUUUCUUUGUUUAAUACAUCCAAACAUUGUUUGUUUGUUUUUUUUCAAAGAUUUAAGUGUUUAAUUUAAAAUGAAGUUUUUAAUUUUUUGUGAUAGUGCUUAUAUCCUGUGAGACAUAAAAAUGUGUGUGAGAGGGGGAGAGAGAGAGAGAAAGAGAGUGUUUUGUGUGUGUGUGAUGUGAUUUGGUAAGUCUGUUUAUAUAUGUUUACUUUUGGAAUUGUCAUUCCAAACUACAUAUAUUAUUGUCUCCUGGUGCUUCAGAGAAAUUCUUGAGCCUGUGGCCCUUCAGCUUAUACUACUGUGUUAAACUCAUGUUGAGUGAAUAUAUUGAUGUAUUUGUAGUUUGUAGUAAGUUUUACUUGGCAUUUGCAUUUCUUUUCUUUAGCAUAGUAAAAACAGUGCUUACCAACUCAUAGUUGGUAUACUGUAGAAAUUUGGCCUAAGAAAUUUCUAAAUUCACCAUUUCUUUCACUAAUCCAUUCUUUGAUCGCUGUCAGGAGUUGAUAGCUAACGGUAGGCUUUUUUCAAACUGUGCAGCAACCGAAAAGGCAUAUUUGGGGGCUGUUGGACAGUAUACUGUUUGUCUUGAAGGAUUCUCUCAGCUUGCACUACCACUUUAGUGAUGGCACUCUCUUCAGCGACGCUUUGGAAGUGCCAUUCUGUCCUUUACGAGCGGGGAGUUCCCUGGGCGAUGCACCGGAGAUACAUCCUUUGUAUUGACGUGGUAAAGACCGGGCUCCUUUGCUGUAGCAUUCCAGUUGCUCAGGGUAGCAGGGCAGGGUUCUAGAGAAAUGUGGUAGCUGCCUUGGUCCACCGGGUUUCUGCCUGGUGCGUCCUUACUACGGUGCACCAGACCAGGGAUCCCCAACAAUUUUCCAAGGAGCUCUAAAAACACUACAGUAUUACCUUCUAGAAUGUUGGCUGUCUUGAUUCAAGAGGAGGCUGCCUGUGGUCAGAUGAAGACAUGCAACUGUCCAGGGAAAGAAUGAGGUGGCACUUGCACUGCAUCAACUUUGAAGGUGCUGGAACCCCCUCACAGAGCACCCAGUGGAAGGGAAGGGAAGGGUGAGGCUGCUUGGAUUCAGGGGUUGCCCUGUGGGCUCUGAGAGAAGUGAUCCCGCUUGGCACAGAAGAGCCUACCCUGGGUUUAAUCACCAGUGUUGAUAAAGCUCCUACUCAGAAUUCUGCUUGGGCUUCUGGGGAGCAUCACAGCGAGGCAGGUGAAAUACUGCCCUCCCUCUAGACUGUAAACUCCUCAUGGGAGGGACCCUACCUUAGUCUUCUGCUAAUCCCAGUGCUCAGCACACAGUAGGUAGUCAUUUAUUAUGACCAAUGACUAUAGUGUCCUUGCGAUCCAAGUGACAUUCUUCACAGGAUUGAAAGUGACUUGCUUUUAAAUGGGACUUUUAAAUGAGAAGCUUUGUACACAGAGGGGCCGGCCUGCUAACAUAGAGCUGGAAACCUGUACAGAAUAAAAAAGCAAAGUGCCUGACCUAUAUUAUGCACAGCUCUGUGGUCCCUGUUUGUUCCAUAGGAUUUUUGAGACCCUAUCCUCAGCAUACCUAAUAAUGCUUAUCACAUUUAAUUUUGUUUUCACUGCUUUUUAUAUGGGGUGCAGGAUCUUCCCAGAACACACUCUUUGACCCUGACAUGUCUGUGACAGGUGCAGUGGUCUCUGGUGGAUAGAAAGCAUCCCAGUAGAUACAGCUUCACUCCCCACUUCAGAUGUGGAUGGAAACCAAAACGUGGAAUCCAGUCUGUGGACUCUCAUUUCACUGUUCAGCCAAUUAGAAUAUCACUUAAUGUUAUAGGCAGGCAAGUAUUUUAAUCAUAUAAGAAUCACUUAUAGUGUAACUUGAACUACCAAACAUAUCCUUUACAAGUUACACAAAUAUAAACUGAAAGAUCUUUGGUUUUCUUUGUUAGUUAGCUGUGGGAAAUUUAAGAAUUUACUAAAAUCAUAAGAGCAGAGGUAAUAAGUAUUUGUGUUUGAGAGAGAAGCUGUUUUUACUUUGAAAAGCUGAAGCUUCACUUACCCUUCGCUUCCUUACCACAUUUAAGGAAAGGAUACUGUGUCUUAAAAUGUUGAGGAAAGCAUUUUUCUAGUUUUUUAGUAAUCCAUGAAGUAUCCUUUGAGGCUGGUUCAGAAAUUAUAGAAGUUUAUGCUACAAGGGUGAGGAAUGGGACAAACUUGCUUACCUCUGAGGAGAACGUGAGCUCAGGUGAGUUGGCCCUGCCUGUUGCCAGUGAAGUCCCAGUGAUUACUGAACUGGUGGCUUCAUCUAUUCAUUUUUUUUUUUUUUUUUGGCACACCACCUAGUAAAACUUCUAAAUUUUUUGUAUUUUUUCAGAGGUAAUUCUAUUAUUUAAUUUUAAACAUGUCUCAACUUUGUCACAUUGUGAUAUGUGACAUGGGAGAACCUCACAUGUAACUAUAUCUCCUCUGGUCUGAUUCGUACCCUUUAGGAAAGUUAGUUCUUGCUCAGUUCUACCUUUGAAGUUCUCUAAGUGGAAGGACUUUUAAACUCCUUCCCUUUCUUAUGAAAUUAAAUAUCUAAUUUGUUGUUCAGUCACUAAGUCUUGCCCGACUCUUUGCAACCCCAUGGACUGCAACACGUCAGGCUUUCCUGUCCUUUACUAUCAGUUUGCUCAAAUUCAUGUCCAUUGAGUUGGUGAUGCUCUUUAACCAUCUAUCUCAUUCUCUUGCCCCCUUCCCCUUCUGCCUUCAAUCUUCUUACCCAGCAUCAAGGUCUUUUCCAAUGAGAUGGCUCUUUGCAUCAGGUGGCCAAAGUAUUGGAACUUCAGCAUCAGUCCUUCCAAUGAAUUCCAAAGGAAUUCAGGGUUGAUUUCCUUUAGAUCGACUGGUUGGAUCUCCUUGCAGUCCAAAGGACUCUCAAGAGCCUUUUCCAACACCACAGUUCAAAAGCAUCGAUUCUUCAGUACUCAGUUUUCUUUAUAGUCCAACUCUCACAUCCAUACAUGACUACUUGAAAAACCAUAGCUUUGACUGUAUGGACCUUUGUCAGCAAAGUGAUGUCUUCACUUUUUAAUAUGCUGUCUAGGUUUGUCAUAGCUUUCCUUCCAAGGAAAAAGUAUCUUUUAAUUUCUAAUAACAUUUAAUAUCUAAUGUUUUAAUAUCUAAUAACAUUGCUUAAUUAGCUAGUGAGACAUAUCCGUUGCCUUUUCUUUUUCCUGUUGAGAGAAAAAAUAAUCUUCUAAAAUUGCUACUCAACUGAAAUUUGGGCUAAUUUUGAUAUUGGUGUCCCCAUGGCCCAACAAAAUUGUUGGAAAUUCUUAAAUCACUGUGAUUUGAAUUAGAGAAGGUGCAGGGCAUGACAGCCCUCAGGGUCUGGGUACACACUGCAUAAGAUAAUGUGGGGAAGACUUAGCCACUUCCUGUGACCCAAGUAAAUGACCACUUCAAAUAAUUCAGACCCCAAGUGGCUAUAGGUUCAUCUUUCUGGUUGGUGAAUUAUAUUUAUUAUAACUGCAUGUUUAGCAUUUCAGUAGAAGUUUUUAAGUACCUUAUUUGUAUUCCUCUCACUCGUCAGUUACAAGGUGUACCUUAGAACCUUGAAUUACACUUUUUCAGGUUACACAGAGAAACUUGGUUCAAAGAUGACUGUACAAAUAGUUUGCUUCAUCAUGUUUCCUGUUUAAUUGGAUGAGAAUCACACAUGCAUUUAUUCCCUUGUUCUUCGUGUUUAUAGGAAAAACUGUUCUCAGCUACCUCAUUAUGUAGUGUUGUGCUUGAUCCCCUGCCAAUUGAGAAGAAUUCAACACAUUCUGUCCUUUAACAAAAGCCUGGAAGCAAGCAGUAAGCGGCCUUGAGGAAUACAAUUCUCUAAGGCGUAGUUCCCAUUUUACUUUUAAUCAGGAGGAACAAUAAUUCUCCUAGAGCUGCUGCAAAGUGAUUACUUGAAACUCGACUUGAACUUUAAAGAAUCUUUACAAGGCUAUGUUUUCGUAGCAUAGAGAAGUAGUGUGUUUAAGCACCACUGCUGUGUAAAAUAGUAGGUUUCAUCACCGUGGUCAUUCACAGCAGAUAGGAAAACGUGUCUGUCUGUAAUUUGACCCAGUGUUUGGGGUUCAGAUGCUUGGGGUAACCGUUCUUCAUAUUCUAUAAGGUGCUAGUGGGAGCAGUUUUAAGGAUCUAAUAGGUGUAUUUUCAUGAAUCUGUUUCCCAAGAAUCUUACCUUUGAUGAAAGUAUAGGGCUCCUCACGAAGUUCCUGUGUUCUUUUAGUUCUGAUAACCUGGGGCUUUACAAUGAAACUCUGAAAGUGCCGAGUUGAGUUGACCAAACACCACAGAACUGCAUUACACUUAAAAUCACAAGUGACCGGAUUCGCCGGGUGUGUCCGUGGAAUGGCCCCAGCUUCCUCCUGUACAGGGUACACCUGGGCGCUGUCCUCCCCACCGUCAGUCAGCUUACCCGGCUGGUGAGUUAGGGGCAGCUCCCAGGUCCUUCAGUUCUGGUAGACAGACCUUCCCUUCCGGGGGGUGGUUUCUUAUUAGGAACUACCUAGGACCCCUCAUGGCCAAAACGAGUUGUGUCCAUUCCUAAAAACCUGGCAUACUAGGAAUAACUUACAUACCAGGUAAAAUCUAAAACCUUCACCGUCCCUGUGCAUUAAUAAGAUUUAAUGGUUAGGCUUGUGCUUUUCAUAUUAAAGGGCUUGCUCCCCUCAGCAGAAUUCUGGCAAAGUUCUUCUCAGGUGGAUCUAGCCGUGGGCCACGCCCUCUUUUGGUUUCCAAGAGAGCCAAGGUUCACCCCCGGACAGCCCCAAGCUUCCUUGGUUGUAAUGAUUUUGAGGAAAUUGUAAACAUUCUCUGUGCGGCGCCAGGCGAACCCGGUGGUUGUGAGCAUGCGUGGCGUCGGGGCCCGGUGCAUGCUGGGUUUAAAGAUGGCUCCCACCGCCUCGUGCCCCGCGAAGCCCGUCACCCCAGAAGCAGAGGGUGGGCGUCCACCUGCCGGGGUUCCUGUGGAGAGCCAGCGGAGUGAGGAGGGCGAGAGCUUGGCACCUGGCGCACAAAUUGUGGGUGGUCGGCACCUCGGCUGCAGUUGCUGUCCGUCUCAGGCGCAGUCUCCGCCCCUCGCCCAGUAGCCCGGCCUCAGAGCUUGCCUCAUGCUCGCAUCUGCCGCCACAUGAUACCCAAGCAAACAUACGUUUGCUUUUACAAGAUGCAUAUUUUUUGGAUCCAUGAUAACCGCUCUCCUGCUUCUUUAAAACCUGGAGUUCAGGAUAAUUCUAGACAGUGGAAACACCCCAGGAUAUGUGUUCAGGCUGUUUAGAGUGGUUAUAAAUAUCCUUUGUUUCAGGGUUUGCCUGAUGAAGUACUCUAAUAAUAAUAAACUUUCUGGAAGUUGAAUUUUUCUUUUUUCCCUAAAAUAUAAAAGGUAGUAGUCAAUGCUAAUUAAAUAAAUGAUAUUUUCUAGGUCUUAGUUUGAGAUCACUAGUCCUAAACUACUACUCUGAACUUGGAUGUUGUGUGGAACCUGAAGACAGACUAUGUAACGUGUGUGUGUGUGUGUGUGUGUGUGUGUGUGUGUGUGUGUGUGUGUGUGUGUGUGUGUGUAGAACUUCUAUACCUUCAGCUAAGGAAGGGUUAUUUAACAAAGUGAUAUCAAAAGUGAGUUACUUAAUCAUUUUAUAAAGUUACUUCCUUUCCAAUUCAGAUUAUGGACUGCUGGAUUUAGUGGUACAUGACUUAUCCACCUUGUUUUGAUUUCAAUAAGACAUUUUAUAAAGUCAUUCUUGAUAUUUUUGUGAUUGAGAAAAGGAAGUAGAAAUAGGUUUAAAGCGGGUGAGAAAUAGGCGCUAUUGAUGAGAAUGGGCCCUUGUGUCCACACGGAUGGGAAUAAUCUAGCGGUGUGCUUUUUUAAUGUUUUCUUUAAUAAGAUGUAUAAAAAUAUAGAUGACAGAAGCAUUGGGUGUUAGGAGCUUAUUUUACAGUCUAAUAACAUGGCUAAAUAUAGUCUUAUGUCCAGAUUCACAGAAGACAGUUCCCAGUUGAAAGGGAAAGAAAAAAAAAGGGAAAGAAGAAAACUGGGGGAUGGGGUGGGAAUCAUUGACAAUUUGAACAUAAGCCAGCAGUUCAGAAUAGUGUCCUGGUCUGUGUGUAGAGGCUGGUAGGCAAACAAGGAAGUCUGUUUUGUCCACCUGCUGCACUGAUGGGCCCUGGGAACCAGCAUCCAAGAGGAUGACAGCCAGGGUGGCGGGCGUUCUGGAAGCUCUAACAAGAAGCUCUGGAGGCCCAGACUCCGGCCUGCUGGGCUUUAGAAAGCUCAGGCCAGGAGGCAGAAGCUAUAGAGGUAGAAUGUUUCUGUCACUCUUAGAACUUUCUAGAAUUGCCUCAUGAUAAACUGGGUGCCUCCUGUGGUUCUGAGCGCUCAGCUCUGAGGAUUACCCCAAAGCUGCCCUCUGUAGCUGUGUCUCGUGGGUAUGACGGAGUCAGCCAGGGGAGUCUUGCGCAGUGUGCAGAUAUCAUCACAAACUUCAAGGUUUGGAGGUUCUGUGAACAGUUUAGUUUAAAAAAAAAAAAAAAGGAGGGGGGAAAUGUUUGUACUUCAGCUUUCACAUUGUUUUUGGGGGAGAAGAGUCUUUGUUUUUUAAUGUGUGCUGUCUCCCAUCCUCCUUGCCCCCCACCCGCUCACUAUCUCCUGACUACGGCCGCUGGUCCAAGGCUCAGCCAACUUGAGCAUAAUCUUCAUAAACAAAUCUCUAGAGAUUUCCCUAAAACCGUAAUUGUCAACUAGACAGUGAUUCUUGCUUUUUCUAUACUAUUUGUUGUAAAUCUCUCAGUAUCUCUGCUGAGUUAAGAAAGCUAAUAAGUAAAAAUUGUAUUCUUUUAAGCAGGGCUUAGGUGACCUAUGACCUGGGAUGCCAUCCAGGGGACCAUGCAGUGGGGAGAGUUAGGUUGGCCGACCUCUUUCAGCACCUUCCGACUCCAGGAAUGGGUCCCCUCACUAGUGGGUCACUUUGUCAUCCCUUGGGAAGUGUCUCCAGAGGACCCGCCUCCUCCCGGGCUCUGUCUGCCCCGCUUCCAUGAAAGCUGUGCAGCGGGGGCUCCACUCCCUCUGUGUGUGCUCCCGAUACCACCUGCCCAGAGCACAGGAGCCGAGCAGAGGCUGGGCCAGGCCCCCAAGUCCAGAUCAUCAGGAGGGUGCCGUCCACGUUGUUCUCCAGAUCCGUGUCUUCUGCCCACGCCCGUGGUCAUCAUAAUCCUCGGUUUGACCCAGUGUUGAUUUACCUCCCGUGUCCCACUGUGCCCACACGGGCUGCGGGCAGGAUCUCUGAGGACGCGGGCCCUUCCCACAGCUUCUCCCUGGGCAGUCGAAGAACUUUAGUCAAGGCAGGAGGAGGUUAUUUUGGUCAUGUUCUCAAGUGUACCCUUAGUCACAUACUUUUGCAAUCACAUCUCCACCCUGCCCUCUGUUCUCAUCCCAUAGCUUCUCCCAGCCUGAUUUUUUUUUAGCUGCUUUAAUUAAGUAUCCAAGAAAAGGCAGGGUAGGGGGAGGUGCAUGGUGGCGGUGAGGGGCAGGGGCGGGCUCUUCUGGUUCCCCAGACUAUUAGUCUAACAAUAUGUGUUGAAAAGGCAUUCUUCUGGGAGCCCCUAACCUGGCCUUCAUGACCAGCACUUUCCGCAGCCAGAGAGCCAGAGCGGUCACCCAGGCUGGGCAGCUUCCAGGGUCUGCACCAUUCUGCUCCUCCCACAUGACAGCCGGGGUUGGGGUGCAGGGAGCAGAGCCUCAAGUCCCCCCACCAUGCUGCCCCAGGCAUGGCCAAGUGCAUCUCAGCAACUCCUUAAGCAACUAGACUAGAACAGCCUCCCUCCGGCCUGGUUGUCCCCACUUUCCACACCUGCCCUGGAGGUUCUCAGGACUCCUCCUGGAGCCCGGGAAAGGGGCCCCCAUGCCACAAGUUCUACCUCAGCACCCAGCCACCUGGCACUGUGCAGGGCCCACCUCUUCGUUUUCUCCUAUUUAGCUCUGCUUAGAAACACACUGCACUCCAAAUGGUGAAUAGGAUUGGAAAUUAGAAUUACUCGUUUACAAUAAGAAAGAGACCCAUCUCUUCAUAUUGUUGUGUUUUUUUUUUUAAGGAAUUUUUGCUUCAGAAGAAACUCCAGAACAUAAAUGUAUUCUUGUUAAUCUAGGCAUAUGCUCAUUGAAUUUGACUAUGCUUUGUAAAAAAAAAAAAUUAUGUAGUAACGUGGGGCAAAAGGGUAUCAUCAGCUUAAAAACAAACCUUCAGUGUCGGUGGGUUUAGCAUUGUUUUCCUGUAGGGGACUUCAGAAGUCCAGUGCUCCGUGAAAACAGAGAUCAGCCACGUUCCACGGGGUAGAUGAUUUUAUGGUGGGAAAUGUCUCAAGUGGCCUUCGGUUGAGAAAAGCACAGGCUCUCCUAGCAGCACUCAGUUUCAAAAAAAAAAAAAGCAGUAUCAGUGGCUUUUUCUGCUGAUGGAGUUCUUUUCAUUUUGACUCAUCUGUUAACACAGCUUUUGUCUGGUUCCUCAUUCCUGUGCCCCUUCAAGUCGCCAGUGACAUAGAAACACUUGUUUUGUUUUUAAUAAUACCCCUUGUGAAUUGGUACGACCAUGAAAAAAGGAACCCUGUUCUCAGCAGAACUUUUGAACUCCCAUCACAGCCCGUUCCGCAGUUGCACCGACAGAGCUGGGAGUGGUCAGUGGAUUUAACCAAAGCACCUCCCUCCUCUACCCCCUCCCUCCCAUCCUCAUCAGAAACUAUUGCAGAAGCACCGCAAGCAGGCCCCUGGCAGCCUGUUUUCUCACUGUGUGUUCCUGGCGACAAGAGAUGCUCGUCCAUCCAUCACUCGUCCUAAACAUGUAGAUUCACGUUUUCUCUCACUGACCCCAGUCUUCUCCCACUGUGAGAGAAGACUGCCAAGAGAAUUCCUUGAAACAAGGCCACAGAUUCAGUUUGACUCUCCCAGACUCAGGGCUGACCUUCACAGUGGGCCUUGGCCCGAGAGAACGACCAGCAGACAUACCUGUGACCAAUUUAUGUUGAUGUAUGGCAAAAACCCAUCACAAUAUUGUAAAGUAAUCAUCCUCUGAUUAAAGGAACAAAACAAAAAACACUCCUGUUAGCUGGUUGCCUGUGCAGUACCAGCCACCAUAUGUGACAGAACCAGUUUUUAGCACACUCUUGAUUUGUCAUUUUGAUGCUUUUAAUGCCACAAGGCAAAGUCCACGAAUACCAAAUUCCCAAAAUACCAUACCAAAAUUCAUCCUGUUUUAAAUGCAGGUCUUUGUUUAACAUAUCUACAUUUUCUGACAUGGUACAUACAGUAGUUUUUCAUUUAAAUCCCGCAGCUCUUAUUACCUGGUAAGCUUCCAAGUUGACCAGUCUACUUAGAUGUGUUUUCAGAUGAGGUUACAUUGUGUGUGAUAAGGUAUCCUGAUCUUUAGCGAGAGACCUACUAGUGAAAAAAACUAGAGAUUUGCAAUGAAACAUAUAUAAGCUAGACAAAAGACAUUCUAGAGAAAGUUCAAAAUAUUUCAAGUACCGGGAAGUUGCAACUUGUAGAAUUAUCCUCCCCGAAUUCAGUAGGCUAGCAGAGAAAUUGUGCUAAUGUGAUUUCAUUGAAAUGUCACGUCUCAAACAUUCUGUGGUCCAAGUGUACUCGUUUGUUCUGUGGAGUAAUUUUCUAUUCUGUUGCCGGUAUGAAAUUUUAGUGAAGUUGAAGUAAAUUUGAAUUAGUAACCUUUCUUACGAAGUUGCUCCAUGGUUUACAAGUAAUCCUCAUGCAGAGAGGCUGUGUUAACUUUCUUAAAUUCAGUAGCACGCACUUUGUUUAUCUGCUUCGGUUUAUUGUGGGGUAACUACGGGGUCACCCCGUCUCACGAGCACAGGAUUUGUGCUUUGGGAGCAUACUGCAAUUGUGCUGUUCUCUGGUACUAAGGAUCAGUGAAAGUGUUUUAUCUUUUUUAUGUAGUUUGUAUUGACUGGAUUUUAUAAUUGUAAGAAAACAGAAACAGAGUGUUGUAUUUUGAUCUGAAAUUUGUCUAUGGUAAAGUAAUUUUGUUUUAUGUAUUGGAAGUUCAUUUAAAACUUGAAAUAUUUUCUAGAAGGGUACCGAACAAAUGAAUUGUCUUUAAGCUGUUCAAUUAACCUAAUAAAACAAAUUGAUGGGGAA